AUGGCAAACUCGGCGAGUGCGACGCCCUCUCGUACACUGCAGCGCCGCUUCAAGGGAUGCAGCAAAAUCGGUGGUUACGAGAUGAUGCAGAAGCUUGGAGAGGGCACUUUUGGUGAAGUCCACAAGGCGCGCCAACUCUCUUCUGGCCACGUCUUCGCCCUUAAGAAGAUUUUGAUGCACAACGAAAAGGAUGGCUUUCCCAUCACGGCACUGCGAGAAAUCAAGCUGCUCAAGAUGCUCUCGCACGAGAACGUGUUGAAGCUAGAAGAGAUGGCUGUAGAGCGACCGAAGACUGAAGGCAGGAAACGCGCCAUUCUCUACAUGGUCACACCGUACAUGGACCACGAUCUCUCGGGUCUUCUCGACAAUCCUGAAGUCAGGUUUCAAGAAGCGCAGAUUAAGUGCUACAUGCUGCAACUUUUCAAGGGCCUGCGAUACCUCCAUGACAACCACAUCCUACACCGAGACAUGAAGGCCGCCAACCUGCUUAUCAACAAUCGCGGAAGAUUGCAAAUAGCGGAUUUUGGGUUGGCGAGACAUUAUGACGAGGCGGUACCACAACGAGGCAGGGGCAAUGGCGAAGCCAAGCGCGAGUACACAACCCUGGUCGUAACAAGAUGGUACCGGCCGCCGGAACUACUCCUACAGCUCCGCAAGUACACACCAGCCAUUGACAUGUGGGGAGCUGGCUGUGUCUUUGGUGAGAUGUUCAAGCGCAAGCCCAUCCUCGCCGGCCAGAGCGAUAUACAUCAGGCGCAAAUAAUAUUUGAGCUGGUGGGUUCGCCAAAUGACCAGAGCAUGCCCGGAUGGAAUGAGCUUCCAGGAGCUGAGCCUGUCCGCUCUUUCCCACCCCAUACCGGCAACAUCGCCCAACGGUUCCGCGAACUAUCGCCCAUUGGACUAUCGCUUAUAAAAGACCUCAUGAGGCUGGACUGGCGGAAACGAAUCAACGCCAUUGACGCCAUCGACCAUCCAUAUUUCCGAGAAUCUCCAUUACCCAUGCGAGAGGAAGACAUACCGCACUUUGCAGACUCGCACGAACUGGAUCGACGGAACGCCAGGGGUCAGAAACAAGCACUGCCUCCAGCACCCCAAGGUGGCACUGUGGGUGGAGGUCCCAACGGAGAAUGGAUGGGCCAAGGUCCGCCACCACAAGGAUGGCAAAAUGGUGAUCGUCGAUACGGCGGCCCACAAGACCGAGGGCCUCCUGGUGUUGAUAGAGGUCACAGAGGCGGCUACGACAGACGCCCGUAUGACCAGCGACCUCCCCCACCACCACCAGGCGAGCGAAGACCAAAUUGGGGCAACGGUGGAGAUCGUGGACAUGGCCUGCCUGCACCACCUGCAGAUGGCCGACACCCGCUCCCACCUGUACCUCGUUACGGCCCUGAUGGUGGCGACCGCCGCAGACAUCCACAUCCUGCCGCAGCUCCAGCUGGCGACACCUACAUACCCAGCUACGGUGCAGAAGGUCCUCGUCGCUCUCGCGAACCAGACGAUAGCCGAGCACGUCGCGGGUCCCGUGACUCUGGCAACUCUCGUGAAGGCUUUACCGAAGACCGUCCCGACCGUAGCCGCGCAUAUCGCGACCGCGCGCCCAACUUUGGAAGAGACAGGCGGGAUGGCCGGACACGAUCGCGUAGCCCGGACCGUAGGGGGGACCGCGGACGAGAUGACCGAUGA